GGCAAAGGGAGAGAGGGAGGGAGGGAGCAGGAGUGAGAAGCAGAGCAGAGGAGUUCAGAGACGAGAUCUGCAUAGUACGUAGUUCAGAAAACAGCAAAACGUGGUACUGGCUGUUUUCAGUCUGAGCUUUCUGAAGACGACAACAAGAAGAUGGGGAAGCAGUAGGUGGCGCACUCUCAGCUCAGGUGUGUCCAGGUUACAGAGCGUAUGAAGGAGUUUUGGAACAGCUGAACGGGGAGGAGAGAAGCCGGGAGGAACACAAGGCACCGAUGGAUGACAGAGUGACUCAGCCUGACCCCGGGAUGGCCUGGAUCCACUCACUGCUGCUGGCCGGCGCCCAGCGCGCAUAGGCCGCCAACACCAGUGAGCUCCAGUGCCUUCACUUAGCCAUGAUCCCUGGUUAUGGAUUGGCACCUUUUCCUGAUUUCCAGAUACAUCUUCAUACUCUGUACUGCCGAGGACAGGGUACCAGCAUGUGGAUCUCUGCAUCGGGGGAGUCUCAGGCUGUGAUGGAGGCACAAGACAGCCGGCCCCUCCUACACUCCUGUCAACACAAACAUGUGGCUGUGUGCCAGCAGGAGACGUUGGCUUUUAUUGAGCUACAACCAGCAGGCGCUCCUAAACUAAACUGUGCUGGCACUCCAAGGCAAACUGCUCUGCCAGAGGCACAAAACAUGACACAUCCGCUGCCCUGGAACAGUUUCAAACACACAUUAAAUGAACUUAAUGACAGACAGAAUAGCUGCCACGGGAGCACAUCACACAGGGGCACAUCACACAGGAGUACGUCACACAGUAGCGAUGAAACAGCCUUGAACUUGAACUCUUGUAGAAGUUCACAUGAUGGUGAGCUGGAGUUCCACAAUGACAUCAGAGCUACAGCUUCCUUUCAGGAGCAAACACGUGUUGUCACAACUGUUUGCCGACCUCUGCAUGCAGCUCUUAACCUCCCUCUGGCUUUCCCUUUGUCCUCCAUCUACACAAACCAAGACUCUCGUGACUCUCAGUUACCUUGUUCCCCAUCCUCACCUGAGGGUCCAGAAUUUCAAAGCCUAGACUCCUUCCAGCCUCAGAGGAGACCUGCACAGGGUUCACUGAAGGAAAAGUCUAUUCGUCGAAAAGUGCAAGUUUAUUCCUCAGACAGCUUGAGCGACAAAUCUCUCUGCAGCCCAAUUCUGGAUUCAGACUACAUUUUUCCAGGAUCCUUCGCAUCUUUCCUGGAGGAGGACCUCAGGGAAAUAUCUUCCUUUGAGGCCAUUCUUCGCCCUCCAUCCACAGAUGGUGUUACACAUCAUUCAAACCUCAACCACAAUGCUAAUUUAAACUUUACUGUGGAACCACUGCAGAUAAUAGAAGACUCCAUACCAGGUGUUGAGGAACACAGUGUCAAUGUACUGACACCAAAUUCUACAGGAGGGAGCUUUUUAACACGCAGCCGCCAAGGAGACCAAGAAAGGCGUCGUUUCUCCGCUUCAGAACUGAUAUCGAGACUGCAGCUUUCCCAGAGGAAGAACUCCUUCACUUUGAAGCUGGGGAAGUCGUUGUCUGCUCGGGUAUCAUCUAGAGAGAGACAGAGCUCCAGCAGCCUCAACCACAACCCUGAAUAUAAGUUCAACUCUAAGCACCACUGUUCAGGCAGUUCAAGUGACAGUGCCCCCCACAGUCCUGUAGGACCUGCAUCUCCGCUCUCCAACACUGACAACGGGUUAGCUUUGAAUAGGUGGAGCACAAAACUCGGAAUGCGAAAAAAAUCUGUAGAAGACUCAAGUUCACUUCCAGUUGUUACUUCAAAUCGUUUAUCAAGGUUUUUGCCUACCUCGAUAUUGUACCAGGAGUACAGCGAUGUUGCCAUCAACAGAGAGAUCCAGAGGCAGCAAGGGAAGGAGCUGGGCACCGAGGAGGAGGGGCUUAGGGAUGACGGGUCAGAUGGUACCCCAUCUCCAUCCAGUCUAUCUCCAUCCAGCUCCUUUUGCUCAUCGCGAGGCUCAGCUUUUGCACUGUGGCAGGAUAUUCCAGACGUUAGGACCAGUGGUCAGCUUGACAACUUCACAAAUGAGGAACGAAAACUACAGGAGGCAAAGUUUGAGCUGGUGACAUCUGAGGCUUCGUACAUUCGCAGUUUGACAAUCGCUUUGGACCACUUCAUGCUGUCUCAGGAACUUGUGGAGUGCCUUGGAGCUCAGGAUAGACAGUGGCUCUUCUCCAAGUUGCCUGAAGUCAAAGAUGUCAGCGAGAGGUUCCUUGAAGACCUGGAGCACAGGCUGGAGGAGGACAUUCUUCGUUUUGAUGUGUGUGACAUCGUCCUGGACCACUGCCCGGCACUGCGAAGGGUUUAUUUACCUUAUGUGACCAACCAGGCUUACCAAGAGCAGACAUACCAGAGAUUGCUACAUGAGAACACUCGUUUCCCAGGUGUCCUGGCUCGUCUGGAGGAAGAUCCUAUCUGCCAAAGACUCCCUCUGACCUCCUUCUUAAUCCUCCCUUUCCAGAGGAUCACACGCCUUAAAAUGCUGGUGGAGAAUAUCUUAAAAAGGACAGCCCCAGGCUCAAGAGAUGAAGAUACUGCCACAAAGGCUUUCAGUGAACUCAAAAAGAUCAUCAAAGAAUGUAACUCCAGUGUGCAGUCCAUGAAGAGGAUGGAGGAGCUGAUUCACCUCAACAAGAAAAUUCACUUUGAGGGCAAGAUCUUUCCCCUGAUCUCUCAGUCACGCUGGCUGGUGAAACAUGGUGAACUGCUUGAGGUGAACACUCAGAUGAUGAGUAUUUCUGGAUCAAAGCUCAAGUUGCCCACCAAGCCCGUGUAUCUCCACCUGUUUAAUGACUGUCUCCUGCUGUCCAGGAAGAAGGACUCGUGGAAGUUCAUGGUGUUCGUACACGCAAAGAUCGGAGGGCUAAAAGUGAAGGACCUCAGCCAGAAGCUGCAGGGAAUCUCCGGCUUCAUCUUCCACCUGCAGCUGUGUGAAGGCCGACAGCUCAAACACCAGAUCCUGCUAAAAGCCCACACUGAGAGCGUGAAGCAGAGAUGGAUUACCGCCAUGUUCCCAUCGGAUCCGCUGGAAGACAUCGAGCACGCCAGUGACAACGACGACAUCUUGCAGGUUCAGUGCAUCAAAAGCUAUCAGGCCCAAGAGCAUGACGAGUUAACGCUGGAGAAGGCCGACAUCCUUCAUGCAAAGACCAUCACCAGUGAUGGCUGGGUGGAAGGUAUCAGACUGUCGGAUGGGGAACGGGGCUGGUUCCCCAAAACCUACAUGGAGGAAAUCACAAGUCGCAGCGCGCGCCUCCGCAACCUCCGAGAAAAUAUCCGCAUUAAAUGUGUCACACAGAAGCUGAAGGGGGAAGACUGACUUUUUUUUUUAACUGUAUCCUCCUGUGUUUAUUCGGCAUAAUGUUCACAUCUGUGGAAGUUUUACCUUCAGAUGUAAAGUGUGCACGUGCUACUACCAGCUUCCAUUAGCAUGCUAGCUGUCACACAGUGUAGAGGCUUUGAUGUUUCACAUUUCAAGUUUUUUUUAUGGGCCUGCUGACAAAAAUAUUUGAAAUUAGGACUUUUGUUUUUAUCUUUUAGCAUUAGCUUUUCCCAAUUUAUGACUGCUUUCUGUGAACGCAUCUUAAUUUAAAAUCCAAUAAUACAUCAGCAUCUUAAAUGUUAAGCUUACUAGCAUACGUGAAUGUUUACCAGUAAAUGGUAAUUGUAAACAAUCCCAAAGGUUAAGUGUGGACAAUCGCUGAACGUCUUGCUUCAUAUGAGUAUACAGGCAACAGGGACUGAUGACAAAAGGUUCUAAUAUUCCAUGUGGACUCAAUCUGCAGGACAUUUCUUUAAUAUCACAAAAUCACUGGAGGCAGAUCACCCUGUAUAUCAUUUGAUUUUCCUUUUCAAAAUCAUAAAAAAGGCAUCUUUAUUUCUGUUUUAAAACUAAAGCAGAAAAAAUGUGAAAAUGGGAAAACAAACAAAAAAUACAACAGAGCAGUAUAGUUCAUUUGUUUGUUUUUUUGCUUCCACAAGUAAUGGAUUCUGCACUACUGGAAAUGCUUUGUUGUUGUUGUAUUAGUUGUUUUUAUUUCCCAAUAGCGAAUACCAUCAAGAACAAAAAUAAGUUGCCCAGUCUCUUGGUAAUUUGUAGCCAUUAUACGAGUAAGAGUAAGAACUUUUUUAAUCCAGAAAGGAAACUGUUUUGCCAGAGUGCUUAAACAGUAAACAUUGCUUUUUUUUUUUCUUUUUUUUAAUUCUUCUUCCUACAGUGAGAACAAUGGCCUCAUUUGUGCCCUGAAACAAUUUAUCUGCAAACGUUUUGAAAGUGCAAAAACACUAUAAUCAGUUCUGUUCUGCAGCAUUUUGGUGCCCUCCAGUGCUCUGCAUGGAGCACAACCAUCCGAAAACGAAUGGGAAUUAGAAACUGUAGUGACUUCUCUAAUCUUUACGGUACACUGUAUGUGAAUUAAAUUAAAAUCUAUGAAUCAGA